AUGAACGAUACUCUAAUCGAUUACUCGCAGAUGGUCAAUUAUAACGUCGACGGGGUGACGUUGGAUGUUUUUCUCCCCAUCUAUACUGAUGACAUGAUCGUGCAGGGGACACGGUGGUAUCCGCUGAUGCUAAUUUUCUACUGCAUACAAGGCGUCACUUUUGUGACUGGAUUUUUGAUUAUAUUGGUUACUCAGUGCUACAUCCACAUCUACAAAAUUAACCACCGGAAUGCGGAAAAUCUUGAGAAGCGGAAGAUGAGCACCAAGGGAUUUUAUUCGCUCAGCCUCCGUUUCCAGAUCACGGAGAACAUUAAGUCUCUGGAGUUGUUGAGGGCUAUAGUCUGGACCGGCUCCAUGAUGAUACUAACUGGAUUGGUGAUUUAUUCGGUGCCUCGACUGCUCAUCCGGCCGAAAGCUAGUGAGACGAUCGUUGGGCAGAUGUUUAACGCAAUUUUGGAGUGUGCCAUUGAUAUAUUCCCCAACGUCGUCCUUACCGCCGCCUGGGUUCAUGUCCGGAAAUGGGGCCGCUUUACCGUAACCGACAUGCCGAAACCGGUCAAGGGAGCUUCAGUGACAAGCUCCUCACUUAAUAUCAUUUUUGACGACCUCUCCGUAACGGAGAAACAUACUAAUAUUUAUUUCACCCAACUACAGCAGAGUUGGGCG